AUGCCGUCUACUUCUCUGAGGAAGAGCUUCGUUCCAUCUGGAGGCUCAAUGCCUGCCAGUGAGCAACUUUCCGAACUCAGGAAGACUGAUCUGUCAACAGUUCGCCAAACUCCUGAAUCGAGAACCAUCAGUCACAAAAAAUCACCAUCAUCAUCCAGAUUCGCCGUCUCCUCUCCUUCGAGAGAAGACAGACAUGAGUCGCAUCUUGUUACGCGAAAUAAGCAAAAGGACGGCACUCCUAGUGACAACGCAAGGCCACUUCGACAUCGCACUGAAAGGCCGAGUCGUGGAGAGGACCAGUCCUCGUCUAAGAGCGUGUCUGGUGAUUCAGAUGAGGAGAAAGGGACAGGCACAAGCAGCCCGGAAUUAAUACAAGGACAGUCACUAAGGCUUGCAUUUCGUCCAGCGGAAUCACGAGAUGCACACAGCGAACAGGACAAGCCAACUGGUCAGCAGUCCCAACAGGACAUCGUGAUGGAAACGGGGGAAGACAAUAUUGACAAGGCUUCGUCCCGCAUGAGCAAGGACGACCGGUACUCGGACACCGGAAGUAUCUCGUCUGAGUCUUCGAUACGCUCGGCAGGAGGAAGGACAAUCCGUCCCCACGUGAAGAUUUUCAAAUCGCUGAUGGAAAGCUCCUAUCAGAAGUUGCGCUCCUCGCAGCAGGCAACCAUCCAAGCCGCUCUGCGGCAGAUCAGUAUCGACGUAAUGAAACAUCCCGGUCCCAAGCUUGACCCUAAUCGUCCAGAUCCUUUCGCGGCGCUUACUGCGGAGAGGCGGAGAGCUCAGAAAGACCGGCGACCAUCUGCAAAGGGCGAUCCUUCGGACCCUUUCGCGGCGCCUACUAAGGAAAAGCGGAGAGCUGGGAAAGACCGGCAACCAUCUGCAGAGGAGGACGGCGAACUGCUAAGGCCUCCUCGGAAGCCCCUUGGCGGCGGGGCGCCGAUGUUGCCAAAAUUCCGGUCCGUUGGCAGGGUGAACGCGAGCUUUCUUGCACCAAACUAUCGGACGGCCCAUCACAGAGCCUACGACAUGGAAGACGAGGCCGAAGAUCCAGACGCCAGCAAAAAAUACGAAGAGUUUGAAGAACGACACAAGAUCGACUUUCCGGGCAUGGCGAAACAGCGUGAGUGUCAAGAACUAGUCUGGCUUUGGCGGCCCUGGAUCGAAGAUAUCUUCAGCAUGCUUGAAAUACAGAGGAGUGAUAUUCUUUACUUCUACGUACAAGACCACUUUGAACCCGACAGACAGAUCGAGCUCGAUUGGCCGGAGGCUUCCCGCCAGGCAUGGACAAAAGAGCAAAAGCGUCGGUGUAAGAUGUGCGGCCUAGCUGAUCCUGAGAGCCGGCAGAGAGAUUUAGUUGAGCAAUUCGAGCGUCUGCCACGACCCGACGAUCGAAGGCUUGUUUUUGCAGGCCUGCUGGCCUACGCCUUCCAUGAGCAGGCUGGGUCAAGUUUGUGGCAUAUUUCCUUUGGCGAGAUAAUACAGCCCCGGUAUCCGGAUUCCAUCACAGCCUCAACGCAAACUUCCGACCUCUGCUUGAUCUGUUUUCGCCAUAAUUGCCCAGAUCAUGGCGCUUAUGUGGAGCCCGCAAAUGAGGAAUCCCCAGACGACGAAUCCCAAGAUGACGAGCCUCCAGGUGAGGAAGCUCUGGAUGAGGAAGCCUCGAACGAAAAUGAAGAUAUGGAAACACCCAGAGCAUUCAUCAAUGAUCCGGAAACCGAUCGCAACAUACGCAAGUUUGUGUCACGGCCGAGUACUAAGCCCAGCGUCGAAGGCGACACCCAUCUAUGCGGAAUCUUCUGCGUGGACCCGUCGACGGGCUUGCGACAGCUACUAGGGCGACGACCCGAAGGGUAUGUCGGUGGCGCCAAACGGAUGCCAGAAAGCUACGUGAGGCCCGUGUUGGCGGAUGACGAGUUUUGCUGUUCGUCGUGCUUUUGGGAUGUCAACAACCGGCGUGAUAUCACGGUAUCAGAGGUAACAUUUCAGCCAUUCUUGUCGCAGUCCCAAAAAGCCAUGGUCGAAAGUCUUAUGCGGUUCUAUCUCCACAAUCAACGAGGCCCCUGCCUGAUCUCAAGAAUUAUCAAGGACGUGAGCUGCAUGAUGGUCUUCAAUCAUAUACUUUUCUCCAUCUUCCGAGUGAAGCAUUCUAUUGAUCCAUCCCUCUCCGAUGCCGAGAUCAGUCCUGCUCAGCCAGAGGCAAGCGCGGUAGCACCCAACCAAAAGAGAAAGAAGAACAAGAAGAAUCGGGUGCCAAUAAUCGAUGUAUCGAACAGCGCAGAAUUACAUACGCGUGAACCGUUUGUUCCUUGUUACCACAAAGGACCGUGCCAGGACAACCCGGCAUGCUCAUGUGCGAAAGCCAAGGUACACUGCGAAUGGUUUUGUGGGUGUGACAUCGAAUGCAAACGGCGUUUUCGAGGGUGCAACUGCAAAGCUAGUGUGAAGAAGACCUGCUUCCAGGACGCCCGGUGCGAAUGCUGGAAGUUGAAUCGUGAAUGCGAUCCCCAUCUCUGCCUCAAAUGUGGCGUGCUUGACGUUCUGGAUUCUUACAACAAGUACCGGGUCGACAAUCGCCAGGGUCGUUGCAGAAAUAACCGGAUCCAACUGGGCCUGCCUGCGAAGACAACCAAGGCGCCUAGCCAGGUUCAGGGCUACGGGCUUUACAGCGUAACCAGCAUUCCAAGGAGCGAAUUUAUCGGCGAAUAUGUUGGUGAGGUGGUCAGUAGACAGGAGGCCGACAGAAGAGGCUCGCUCUACCAUCUUCAAAAUCAAGAAUACCUCUUCAAUCUCAACGCGUCUCAGGAGAUUGAUGCGUCAGUUGUCGGCAACAAGAUGAGAUUUAUGAACAACUCGCAAAAAGACGAGUUCAUCAAUGUGGAACCCAAAAGUCUACUGUGCAGUGGGCAGGUCCGGAUCGGAUUGUUUGCAAGACGUAAUAUCCGGCCGGGAGAAGAGCUGCUGUGGAAAUACGGCUACAGUGAUGAACAUGUCAAGAAUUUCUGGGAGCCAGGAGACAAGCCUUCUAACGAAAGAGCUCUGAUUCCUCUUUCUCAUGAACGUCUAGGACGAACCACAGGAACCAAUCUGCUUGCAGGAGAGGGCAGCGACGUUGCCCAAGAGCAGCGCAGCCAGUCUCCGGUGGUCGCGCCAGGGCAAAAACGCAAGAGGGAGGUUUCCGAGAGCACUGAGUCAAGUCCGAGCAACGAUGACGAAGAAGAGGCGAACAGCUCAGGGGGGGAGACGGUGCGAGCUCUUGCAAAUAUCGAAAUCGACGAUUCGGAGGAUGAAGAUUAUGAGGGCGAAGACGAUGCAUCUGGAGAGGAUGACCUGGACGAAGAAAUAGAUAACGGUGGUCGACAGAAAAGAAGAGUAAACGUCAAAAAGCACAGCAGAGGGACUAAGGGCAGACGACGAUGA